AUGUAAUUUUCCCAUAAAAAUCGAAUAUUUGUUAAGUAAUAAUCUCUAGAUUAGAGUGAAAACAAUGGAUAAUAGCAUAAUACAUUAGAAUAAGAUUUAAUUGAAUUGGGAUUUUAAACUGGUUAGAUAUUUUUUAUCCCAAAAAUUGAAUCUCAAAAAAUGUUAGUGCAAACUAUUGUCGUUAAAGUAUUUAUAGUUCUUUUUCUAGGAUACUUAAAACAAAAGUAUUCACGUCAAUUUAAAUCCUUAAACUGUCAAAAAAGUCAAAAUGUAUUUGAACAAUUAAGCAUAAAACAGAAAAUUACAUCUAUAGCAUGCUGAAGUAUGUCAUAGUGUUAUUUAGAUUAAUUCUGAUAAAAUAAUUUGUAGAAUUUGUUUAGAGGAUGGAUAAAUUAAUGCAUUUAUUAAGCCUUGUGAAUGUAAAGGAUCUAUUCAGUAUAUUCAUGAGGAUUGUUUAAAGACUUGGCUAUUAAGAAAUCAUAAAAUUGAUGAAAUAGCAGCAAAUAGAGUAACUUUCUUUUAUAAUAAAAGGUCUUUUGUGAAUUGUGCAAAAAGACCUUUCAUUGUGAUGUAUAAUUUUAAUAAAAAUACGAAUUUUCAUAGCUGUUAAGAAUUCCAAAAAAUUAGAAAUAUUGUUUGUCAAGCUUUUUAAUACUAAGUCUUUUCUUAUAUGGAUUAGGGAUCACUCUGAGCACUAUAAUGUAUAACAAUGAGAAUUUUAUUAUUGCAUGCAUUAUUGGAAUUGUUCUUAGUUUCUUUAUUGGAUUAAUCAUAUAGAUUCUUUUGCUAGCAUUAAUUCUGGAAAUUAUUUCAAUAACAAAAGUGUUAAAAUGGAAUAUCAAUGAAUAUAAAAUUGGGCAAUAAGUUUUGAAAUUUAAAUUCGAUAAAAAAAGGAUUUAAAAGUCCAAUUCAGCACCUGUAUUAACCAUCAAAGAAGAUUUUGUAAUAAAGAUUUUGACAAAGCAACAAACUAAAUUUGACCUAUUUUUUUGA